AUGACUGUCAAAAGUAUACUGAUUCAUUUCCCCCCCGCAGCAGCUCACUCUAGUAGCGUUCCUAGCUCAAAGCGCCUUCCCGCCGCCCGACUCCCAUUUCCCGCCGCCCGAAUCCCCUUCCCGCCUCCCUAUUCCUCUUUCCGUCGCCCGAAUCCCCUUCCCUCCCUUCCCUCCCUCCUCUCCCUUCCCUCCCUUCACUCGUGCCUCCCUUCCCUCCUGUCUCUCCCUUCCCUCCGUUUCCUCCUUUCCCACCAACCCCUCCCUUCUCCCCCGUCUCUCCCUUCCCUCCCUUCCCUCUCUUUAGGCCCGUCUCUCCCUUCUCAGAGUUCCCUCCCUUCCCUUCCUUCUCUCCCGUCCCCCACUUCCGUCCUUCCCUCCAUUCCCUCCCUUCCCUCCCUUCUCUCCCUUCCCUCCCUUCCCUCCCUUCCCUCCUUCCCUCCCUUCCCUCCCUUCCCUCCCUUCUCUCCCGUCCCCCACUACCCUCCUUCCCUCCAUUCCCUCCCUUCCCUCCCUUCUCUCCCUACUCUCCCUUCCCUCCGCACCUACCUUCUCCCCCUUUUCUCCCUUCCCUCUCAUCCCGCCUUGCAAUCUCCUGUCUCUCCCUCCUCUCCCGUCCCACCCUUCCCUCCCCUCCCUUCCCUCCCUUCCCUCCCUUCCCUCCCUUCACUCCCUUCCCUCCCUUCUCUCCAUUUUCUCCCUUCUCUACCAUCCCUCCCUUCCCUCCCUUCUCUCCCUUCCCUCCCUUCUCUCCCUUCCCUCCCUUCUCUCCCUUCCCUCCCUUCUCUCCCUUCCUUCCCUUCUCUCCCUUCCCUCCCUUCUCUAUCUUUCCUCCCUUCUCUCCCUUCCCUCCCCCUCCAGUCCCUCCCUUCUCUCCCGACUCUCCCUUCUCUAAGUUCCCUCCCUUCCUUCCAUUCCUUCUCUCCCUGGUUUCCCGUCUCCUCCUUUCCCUCCCUUCUCUACCGUGCCUCGCUUCCCUCCUUCCCUCCAUUCCCUCCCUUCCCUCCCUUCUCUCCCUUCCCUCCCUUCUCUCCCUUCCCUCCCCCCCCUACCUUCUCUCCCUUUUCCCCCUUCCCUCUCAUCCCUCCUUGCAAUCUCCUGUCUAUCCCGUCCCUACCUUCUCUCCUCGUCCCGCCUCCUAUUCUCCCAUCCCGCCUUCCCUUCUCCUCGUCCCGCCUCUUAUUCUCCCAUCCCGCCUUCCCUUCUCCUCGUCCCACCUCCCAAUCUCCCCAUCCCGCCUCCCAAUCUCCAAGUCCCACCCUCCCUUCUCCUCGUUCCGCCUUCCCCAUUUCCCCUUCACGCCUCCCAUCACCUGUCCCUGCCUGCCCAUCUCCCAUUCACGCCUCCCAUCACCUUUCCCUGCCUGCCCAUCUCCCAUUCACGCCUCCCAUCACCUUUCCCUGCCUGCCCAUCUCCCCUUCACGCCUCCCAUCACCUUUCCCUGCCUGCCCAUCUCCCCUUCACGCCUCCCAUCACCUUUCCCUGCCUGCCCAUCUCCCAUUCACGCCUCCCAUCACCUUUCCCUGCCUGCCCAUCUCCCAUUCACGCCUCCCAUCUCCUUUCCCUGCCUUCCCGUCUCCCAUUCACGCCUCCCAUCACCUUUCCCUGCCUUCCCGUCUCCCAUUCACGCCUCCCAUAACCUUUCCCUGCCUGCCCAUCUCCCCUUCACGCCUCCCAUCACCUUUCCCUGCCUGCCCAUCUCCCAUUCACGCCUCCCAUCACCUUUCCCUGCCUUCCCGUCUCCCAUUCACGCCUCCCAUCUCCUUUCCCUGCCUUCCCGUCUCCCAUUCACGCCUCCCAUCACCUUUCCCUGCCUUCCCGUCUCCCAUUCACGCCUCCCAUAACCUUUCCCUGCCUGCCCAUCUCCCCUUCACGCCUCCCAUCACCUUUCCCUGCCUGCCCAUCUCCCCUUCACGCCUCCCAUCACCUUUCCCUGCCUGCCCAUCUCCCAUUCACGCCUCCCAUCACCUUUCCCUGCCUGCCCAUCUCCCAUUCACGCCUCCCAUCUCCUUUCCCUGCCUUCCCGUCUCCCAUUCACGCCUCCCAUCACCUUUCCCUGCCUUCCCGUCUCCCAUUCACGCCUCCCAUAACCUUUCCCUGCCUGCCCAUCUCCCCUUCACGCCUCCCAUCACCUUUCCCUGCCUGCCCAUCUCCCAUUCACGCCUCCCAUCACCUUUCCCUGCCUUCCCGUCUCCCAUUCACGCCUCCCAUCACCUUUCCCUGCCUUUCCGUCUCCCAUUCACGCCUCCCAUCACCUUUCCCUGCCUUCCCGUCUCCCAUUCACGCCUCCCAUCACCUUUCCCUGCCUUCCCGUCUCACGCCUCCUAUAGCCUCUAUUCUUAUUCAGCCUCAUCUCAUGUCACCAUGCUCGCAUUUACCCUCCCUAUCCUGCCUCUCCCUAAGCUCCCCUCCAUCCGCCUUCCAACCCACUGCCACCCCUCCGUCCCAUUUUGCCUCCUUCCAUCCCCCCACCUCACCCACAUACUCCCAUCUCAUCUCCCCUCCCCCUACCAGGGGCAUUCUUCUCCCUUCCCUCCCCUACCCCUUAUUUCACCCUCCCCUACCAAGGGCUCUCUGCUCACAACCUGCCCCUCCAGGUGGGGUGCCUUCCUGACUGCGCUUCCUACGAUUUCAAUGGGAAAGGCAGGGGAGCGUGGCAUCGGCCACGAGCAAAGCAGCUUCAAGCCUCUGGGUAGCUCAGCCUGUCUUUUCAUGAUCCAAGCAUCCAACCUUCCUUGA